AGUGCUUGUGGUUGGUGCCUGACGCUCCUGGUGCCAUGGGGUCAUUGGUGCUGCUGGGCUUGGCCUUGCUCUGGGCUGGACUGGCACUAGCUGCAGUGGUUCCUGAUUUCAGUCUCUGCAACGAGUAUUUCUAUGGAGGAGUUGUGCCCCAGGGGUUGGAUACUCCAAACACAGCAAACAUUUGCCAGAAGCUAGAAAGCAAGUAUCAUUUUGCAACACUCUAUGACAAGAGCUGGAGAAUCCCAGUCUGGGCAGCGUACAAGUUGGGUACAAGAAAGGGCCAGGUGCAGUGUGAAGGUAAAUGGAAGGUGGAGCCGCAGCUGUCCAAGGCUGAAGAUGCAAGCCUAGAGAACAUCCAACGAAUGACUGAGGAAAAGAAGCUGAACUUAAAGGAUCCUAGCGUCCUGAAGAAAAGCCAAGCCAUUUUACAAGAUUAUGAGAAAACAGGCUAUGAUCAAGGACACCUGAACCCAAAUUCCUACCAGUGUGGAAAAGGACACCGAGAAGCCACCUAUACCCUCACCAACGCGGUCCCCAUGCACCCCGAAUUCAACCGGAAAAUAUGGUAUGCACUGGAACGAAACCUUAACAAGCAGUUAAAAGACAAAUGUAUUAAUGUGAAAGGGACCCCCUUCCUUGUGACAGGAGUAGUGCCCAACACAAACCUGAAAAUCCCUGAUAAGGUGGAAGACCAAAAAAAGAAUAUCCAGAGAGAUGAUGCAAGGGUGGUAGUCCCCAGCCAUGUCUGGACAGCUGUUUGCUGUGAUCAUUCAGACAAUAACAAAAAAUUUUCUUUCGCUUUCCUUGGGGAGAACAAACCAAAUUCUAACCUGGAGCAUCUAAGUGUGGCUGAGCUGAGUACCAAGCUGAGGCAGCUCUAUGGGUUUGCAAACACUCAUGCUGUCAAGAUUUUUAAAGAUGACUGUAAUGCAGGGAGCGCAGAGGCACAAAAUAUUGCAUCGGCAAUAGAGGCAGAGCUGCACAAAGCUGCAUUGAAGCGGGAAGGGGAUGACUCUUCCCACACCCUUCCUCCUCCAAAGAAACCAAAGGACGUUCAGGGUUAGCUUAGAUUAAGUUAGUGGGAAGCAGAAGUAAUCCUUAGCAGAAGAACAAUACUUUGUGUGUAUAAUGGGGAAGUGAAUCAGCAGACAGAGCUCUCAGUAAACCCUGUAAAUGAAUCUGCUCUUACCCAGCUGUACCCCGGGACCCAGGUAAUAGUGUAAUCGUGUCAUACCCAGAUGGGCUGGCAGCCCUGUCUUUUUUCUGGACACUGGAACUCGUGUGUUGGGUCAGUGCCUGGGGAUACCCAUUAUUUAUCCUGGGGAAGUGGUUACAGCUGCUGGGUUGGGAGGCUUUUGAUAAAUGUUGCAGUGGUGAUUUUCAUGCUCUUGGCCAGUCUGGGUGGGUUGUGAUUCAUUUAUGAUUAUUUUUUUAUAACCAGUUUUGUGUUAAAAUUUCAUAGUCUGCUGAUCCCAUGUUUGACAACUCUGUUUGUUCACCAAGUUUGGGAAAUAAAAAGAUU